AUGGAAGAAAAAGUGGAGUACGUACUUAAAAUCAUUGAAGAGGAAGCUGACACGUUUAAACAGCGGGCUGAAAUGUACUAUAGGAAGAGACCAGAGCUCGUAAACUUUGUUGAAGAUUCGGUCAGGAGAUACAGAGCUUUGGCUGAGAGAUAUGAUCAUUUGUCAAGAGAGCUGCAGAAUGCCAAUAAAACCAUUGCCUCUGUCUUCCCUGAAACUGUUGAUUUACCGAUGGAUGACGAUGAUUUUGAUGGACAAAACUUGCCUGUGGCAGCGAUGCCUUUUGAUAAAUUCAACAUCCUCUCCAACUCCAAGCAUCCACCUCCUGCCCCUGAGAUAAGUAAAGCAAAAAAUAGCAGUGUUAGAAAGAGAAAUGGCAAGAUGCCAACUAGACUAAUGUCAAGGAAGGGGUUCCUGAAGACUAAUGCUGAUGAUUCAGCAGCUGCCGGUCCGAUAUCAGGAUUGAACAAAUCUGAGGCACUUCAAAAAAUUGACAAGAUUCAAAAGGAAAUUUUGGCCCUUCAAACUGAAAAGGAGUUCGUGAAAAGCUCAUACGAGUCUGGGCUAGAAAAAUAUUGGAACAUUGAAAACCAGAUAAGUGGAAUGCAAACAGAGGUCAGCAACUUACAGGAUGAGUUUGGGAUUUGCAAGGUUAUCGAUGAUAAUGAAGCUCGAACCUUGAUGACUGCCACAGCCCUGAAGUCAUGCCAACAGGCCUUAACCCAAUUACAAGAAAAACAAGAAAAAUCAGCUGAAGAGGCCCGAGGGGAGAACCGAAAACUUCAAGAAACCCGAGAGAAAUUCAAGAGGCUAAAAGAGAAAUUUAACAGCAAUCAGGCACGUCAGGAAGUGUACUUGGAAGAAGAAAGCAGAACGAGCCACAACGUUGGAGCGUAUAAGCAAGAUAAAGAAGUAGACAAUGCUGAACAGAACAUUAUUCAUGACGUUGAACCACUGCAGAAAAGAAUAAAGGAAGAGUUGCAGCUAAACUUAGCAAGUCCUCUGACCAUGUCAGAACUUGCAGAGAAAGUUGAUGAACUCGUGGAUCAGAUUAUAAAUUUGGAAAGUGCUGUAUUUUCUCAGACUGCUUAUGUAAAGAGAUUAACGUCAGAGACAUAUGAGCUCCAGACACACCUUAGAAGUUUGGAAGAGGAGAAAGACACUCUGAUUGAAGGUUCAGACGGCAUGAAUCGGAAGAUAAGAGAUCUUGAAGAAGAAUUGCAGAGAGUACAAAGACUCAACAAGUGCAUUCAAGAAAAGAACAACCGCCUCCAAGAUCAUUGUGUUGAAGCAAGUUGUAAUCUCGAUGAUCUUUCUGAAAAAUUGCUGCAUGUGAAGCUAGAUGAGGAGACAGAGAAGUUAACUUUAUUCAGCAAAGAUACCCAUGUUCCAGGUGUCAAUCCAGGCAAAGAUAUUCUUCGUAAUAAGAAACACGCACAGAAUGUUGAAGAAAUUUUUCAUGUUGUGAACAUUCAAGCAGAGAAGCAAGCCAGCAAACCGGAGCAAAAUAGAUGCAAAAUCAAGGAGAUAAACUGUCCUGUGCAAUCCAGCUCAAGCAACCACCGUGACUGUAUCCUGCCAUAUAGAGAAGUGAAAUCCACUACAGAUGCCAGUGCAGGAUUAGAAGUUCAAGAAAUUCCUUCCUGCAGCUCUGUGGUUCUGCAACGUAAGGUAGAGAGUGAUGGUAUCAAGGGUGACAGCAACUCCACAAGUGCUGAAUCAAACGGUUGUCUGCUGUCCAAUCAAAGCCAAAACCAAUUUACUUCCCUAUCUGGAGCUUCUCUUGAUGUGAAUUCAGAAGAGUGGUUUGGAGAAGCAAGAGAUGGGAUAGGUCCUGAUUAUGGCUCAACAAUUAUGAAGAACAGAGUGAAAUUUAAUCUUGUGGAUACCAGCACUUCUGAAACGGCAAGAGACGAAAGCUUUUUCCAAUUAAAUCAACAAACUAACAGUGAUGAUUUUCCCACAGCACAAAAAGUAGCUAGUCCAGGUGCCAAUUCACAGAAAAAGUGCAGUCAAGAUGAAUCUGUGAGUCCACCUGACUAUCACAUUAAGCCUCUAGAAAAUGUGACAAUGGAAGAAAAAGUGCUGAAAAAGGAUGCUCUGGUGCACAGCAGGUCUUCCAUAUGUGGAAAGGGUAUAAUGUAUUCAAACCAAGGUGAUCACCUUUGUGAUAAACCAAUAAAAGGUCCAAUGAAAGAUGUUCAUAGCGACAGUUCUGAAAGGAGGUCAGCAGAAGAGGGUUGUGGUACAGCUACUUAUCAGUCUUUGUCUAUUGAAGGGCACAUGAAAGUAGAAUCCAGCCCGGAUGACUUUUUUCUCUCCAACAGGGAUGAUUGCAUGGAUGGUUACUCAUUGAAAGAUCGAGUGGGAGAUCUUCUGGAUGCCAAUCUAGAUAAGUCAGAUAACAAUAACAACAUCCAAUCAGCUGCCAAGAACCAUCCCAGGUCAUUUAAGAUAGAAACAGGUGGUGAUCUUUCGACACCGAGUGCUUCUGAUAACAAUAGGGACAUGGAGGAGGAUUAUUGGAAUACCGCAAAAGCCAGCAGAAAUUCUGGAGAGUCCAGACUCAGUAGCCAGCUUAAUGAUCUUCCAAUGAAUAGUCAAGUGAAAAGCAUUUCAGAAACCAGUCCAUUAAAGGUGCUUGCUGCAAAUGAAGAUAACAGAGCUCCUGACAUCUCACCCACCUCAUCAGAAUUGGCAACUGUAAAGGACCAAAAGAUGUACAGCUUUCCGGAUCAAGGCAAGGAUCAGGAAGCAAAGCAGCAACAGGUGUUCCAGCCACUUCAACAUGAUCUCAGCGGGAACCAAGAUGAACUUGGUGUAGGGGAUGACGAUCAGCCUAAUUGGAAAGAGCUGUUUUUGAGUGGGUUAGAUGACAGAGAGAAGCUUCUAUUGCAGGAGUAUACAUCCAUUCUUAGGAAUUACAAGGAAGCAAAAAAGAAGCUCAAUGAAGUGGAGAAGAAAAAGCGAGCUAGCCUUUUUCAGUAUUGCAUACAGAUAAAAGUCCUCAAGAGUGCUAAUGCCUCAAAAGAUGCAAAGAUUGAAUCAUUGGAGAAGAAACUGAACUUGCUUGGGAAAAAAAAAGAUGCAGCUGUUGAUUCAAUAGAAAGCAGAGCCUCAGCCAGCUACCAUGUCUCAGCUGAACAGAAUUUACUAACAGAGCAGAAGACUCUUGCAGAUAUGGUAGGUGCUCCAACUCCUCAGUCCAUGGAUACUAGAGUGGAAUCGCCUCCACAAGAGCAGCCAAAGAUCUCCUUUGUGGAAGAGAAUGGAGCCAUCAAGGUUAUUAACCUAGAUGAAACUCAAAAUCUUUCGGUUGUCGAAGAAAGAAUUCGCACAGACAUUGAUGAAUUGCUGGAGGAAAAUAUAGGAUUCUGGAUGAAGUUUAGCACCUCGUUCCAUCAAGUACAAAAAUUCCAAACAACUGUCCGGGAUCUGCAAGCUGAGCUAGCAGAAGUGAAGGCAAACAACAAGCACAGUGGAAGCACAAACCAUCAAUUACUUGUAUCAGAAAUUCGUCCAAUUUACAGGCACCUGUCAGAAAUACAAACUGAGCUAACUCUAUGGUUGGACCAAAAUGACAUGUUGAAAGAUGACUUGGAUAACAGGUUAGCCUCGCUGUCUGGCAUACAAGAAGAGAUCUUGUCAAAUGCAGGGUCAAGUGCAGAAGAAACUGAGCUGAGUGACUAUCAAGCAGCCAAGUUCCAGGGCGAGGUUUUGAAUAUGAAACAGGAGAACAAUAAGCUUGCUGGUGAACUGCACUUGGGUCUGGAACGUGUCAAAGUCAUCCUGGUUGAGAUUGAAAGGACACUUAGAGACCUGGAUACUGAGUUUGGAGUUGCCGCAAGAAAGCAACAACCUAGGAACUCACCGAUUCGAUCCAAAAUUCCGUUGAGGACUUUCUUGUUUGGUGUAAAGUUAAAGAAACAGAAGCCAUCAUUCUUUGCUUGCAUUAGUCCGUCAUUGCAGAAGCAGUAUAGCGACUUAAAAGCUGUACAGAUAUAGAGUUGUUGCUUCACCUUCUUUUAGGAUUUGAUGGUGUACAUUAGUAUUAUAGAUUGUUAGCAUUCUAUGGUUAUACCGGACAAA